CUUUGCUUACUCUGAAAUAUUUGUGGUGCAUUUGGCGGGAAACUUAUGACAUGACACAGCAGGCAAGCAAAGCCACAGUGUCAAAAAAUAUGUAACAUCCAGUUGGUCGCGAGCCAAGUUAAAUAAAUAUAGGUAUAUUUUGUAAAUAAUAUAACCGUGUAAAUUUAAUACGCAUAAAUGGUGAUCGUAACAAGAAGUGCAUAUAAAAGAGCCUGUGAGAGCUGUGAUAGCAGCGACGUCUCUCAGAAAAAUAUUAUUCCGCCAUGGUGUUCGUCAGUAUCUGUGUGGAGUACUAACGCGAGUCGCGAAGACUUGACACCUAAGGCCAGGAUAACAUCAUUACCCAAAGCGGACUCCUCGUCAUCAGUCAGCUUCGAAUGCUGCAACAGAAUGAAAUAUUUAUCAGAACAACUAGCGAGAGCGGAACAAACUCUCAAGAACACACUUCGAUCACGAAAUCUAAUGUUAGCUUCGCGCACGAAACCUGAACAAAUGGCAACAGUUGCAGAAGCUCAGGACAUUGAUACACGAUACAUAGAAGGUGCGACGGCGUCAAAGGGUAGUGACACAACGGAAUGGGGUGGAAGGGUAGCGCUGUGGGGGGUCGUGCCAUUGUGGCGCGCUGCCCCACCGCCCGACACAGUCCUCGCGUUGCGAAGACCUACGCUGUCCGACUGUUGGCCUUUCAUUGGUUCCUACGGCGAGAUAAUAAUACGAUUGCCGCAAACGCAGAGGGUGCGUUACGUCACCGUGGAACACAUCAACCCAGACACAGCCCGGAGUGCGCCCAAGCAUUUCCUAAUAUACGUUAGUAGUCAAACAGCUGAGAUAUGA